AUUAUCUUUUAAAAUCACUGUAAUUUUUAGAGACUGCACAGGAGCUGUGCAGUGUGCACGAUGCACCUCCUUCCCUUUUCAGCGUCUCUACAGUUAACCACAAACAAACGUCUAGCAGAGCAGCUGAUUUCCUUGCUACGCCACUGCUCCAUUCUCAAGCACAUAGAGCAAACACAUGGGUUCAUGGUUACCAGAGGGCUGGACCAUGACAACUUCCUUCUUAGCCGAUUCAUCGGUGCCUGUUCCUCUCUGGGCCUUUCUCCCUAUGCCCAUUCAGUCUUCACCCGCAAAGCAGAACCUGACAUCUAUCUUUACAACACUAUGAUCAGGGCUCUCUCUUUCUCUCAAACACCACCCCAGGCUGCCAUCCUUCUUUUCAACAACAUUCAGUCCGCGGGCUUGCGACCUGACUCUUAUUCCUACCCUUUUGUGUUAAAGGCCGUCAUUCGAUUGUUAGCUACUCAAACAGGGAGGCAAAUUCAUUGCCAAACAAUUGGCGUUGGCUUAGACUCUGAUCUUCACGUCGUCACUGCCCUUAUUCAGAUGUACUCUUCUUGUGGUUGCGGUUGUAUUUCUGAUGCUCGCAAGCUGUUUGAUGGGGUAUGCCUGAGAAUAAGAGAUGCGAUUGUGUGGAACGCAAUGGUUGCUGGUUAUGCCAAGCUGGGUGACAUGGAAAAUGCUCAACACCUUUUUGAUUGCAUGCCUGAAAGAAAUGUGAUUUCUUGGACGGCUGUGAUUUCUGGGUAUGCUCAGAUGAACCGGCCCCACCAAGCAAUUGCCAUCUUCCGGAGAAUGCAGCUUGAAAAUGUGGAGCCUGAUGAAAUCACAAUGUUGGCUGCACUUUCUGCAUGUGGCCAUUUGGGUGCCUUAGAAUUGGGUGAGUGGAUUCAUAGCUACAUUGACAAACAUGGAUUAAGUAGAACUGUUCCUCUUAAUAAUGCACUUAUAGACAUGUAUGCAAAGUCAGGGAAUAUCAAAAAGGCAUUACAAGUGUUUGAGAACAUGAAGCAUAAAAAUAUCAUAACGUGGACAACUAUGAUUUCUGGACUAGCUCUGCAUGGACUUGGAAGGGAAGCUCUUGAAUUGUUCUCUUGCAUGGAAAAGGCUAGAGUUAAACCUAAUGAUGUUACUUUCAUUGCCAUCCUUUUUGCUUGUAGCCAUGCCGGAUUGGUUCAAAUCGGUCAAUCAUUUUUUAGUAAUAUGAGAUCGAGGUAUGGGAUUGAACCUAAGAUUGAGCACUAUGGAUGCGUGAUAGAUUUACUUGGGCGUGCUGGUUAUCUCCAAGAGGCGCGAGAACUGCUUGGACAGAUGCCACUUGAGCCAAAUGCAGCUAUAUGGGGAUCUCUUCUUGCUGCUGCUUAUACUCAUGGUGAUGCUGUGCUCGGAGAGCGCGCAUUGCAGCACCUGAUUAAGUUGGAGCCCAAUAACAGUGGAAACUACGCACUUUUAUCUAAUAUAUAUGCUUCUUGUGAUAGGUGGAAAGCUUCCAGGGUGAUGAGGACAGUGAUGAGGGACAAAGGUGUUAGGAAGAUGCCAGGAGGAAGUUUCAUUGAAGUGAAAAAUAGAGUUAAUGAAUUUAUUGCGGGACAGACAUCACAUGCUCAAUUUGAUGAGAUAUAUGAAGUUCUAUGCAAUAUAAAUGGGCAAUUAAGACUUGCCGAGCAUUUGCAAAGAGAAUGUGAUGAGUUGCUUGAACAUGGUCAGGGAUAGGAUGUUGUACUUUUGACCAUAUGGGAUCUGUUUCCAAGCCAAAUUCUGCUAGGAAUGGGUAAAUUAAAGUUGUGGCCACCUGAGACGCUAUCAUUACCUUGCCUGUUCAACAGCUGAGUCAUUAAACUUACAAUUAGAUGUUUCUUUCUACUGGACUUAGAUAAGCUUAUGGAUGUCAUCAAAUGGAUUAGGAUUUGUUUUACUGUGGAGGCAGCUGGGAACUGUUUUUACUUCAUAACAUCCUCUUCUUGACUUGAUAAUUGAUAUCCUUCAUGCAAGUGGAGCAUUGCAGAACCAUUGCAUGUUUUCCAUCUCAAUAACAUGAGGCAUGGAAGCUGGGCCAGAACUUGAAUAAGAACUUUCCUGCUAUGGAAGUAGGUAUAUAAUUUCAGUAUAUACAACAUUUAGAUAAAGCCAUGAAAACCGUUUAUACCUGCUUUAUUGCACAAGUAUGCAUGCACAUAGCAUUGCUUAAACAGGAUUAACCUUGCAUCUAGCAAAUACGACAUAAGGCUACAACAUGAGCUUUUGUGAUGUUCCAUUUGCAUCUCACCUCCACCCCUGUCUCCACCAUUCAAGAAAUUGCUAAUGCUUUCAUCCACUGGUGUUGCUUCAAAGCAUUAACCCAUAGAAGAACUCAUGCUCAUAUCCUAGAUUACAAAACCCCGAUCCUAGAAGAGCACCGAUGCAUAAAAUCUCGAUUUUCUGUUUCAGAAUAUGGCAUAUUCCUGGCCAAAAACAGUUCAAUAAUUUUGUAAGAUGAACUACAUCCUUGCUAAAGUUGGAUAACCACAGAUGUAAGUUUUUUUCCUGGAGUUUUCUAAUAUUUGUGCAAGUUAGGUUAAAGUGAAUUUUCUUUCUUUUGUUCUCUUAACUUUUUGGGGGAGGGAGGUGGCUAAGAGCUUAUGGGAACAUUACUUCAGAAACAAUGAACUUGGUCAAAAAAUAGGCAAAUAUCUAGUUGACCCAAAAGUUUUUACCUGUCUUCUGUGUUUCUCCUUGAAAUUUGUCAAAUUGCUUUGUUAAAUCCUUCUGGUUUGAAUAGUCCUCAAAUAAUGCUCUUUGAGAUCUCAGUUGGAGUAUGUCACAUCUUCUUUCUUUUGUUGAGGGUUGAAUAGAGAAAUCUGAGUCUUGCCUUUCACCGUCUUCUGUAACUGAUUCAGUGGAUAAUUGUGGACAGCAUGAUUCAAGUUCUAACAUGGACGUUGAGUCACUGGAAUCCCCUUUUGAGUAAAUGUUGGUGCCACCUAAAUCAGAUCUUCCAUGGUUCUUUAACUGGAAAGUGUCUGAAAUUUCAUUUUCGCCUUCUACUGUCUGCUUGAAAGACAGUGCAUUGGCUCCACUAUGAUCCUUAUAGUCACCUAGUCUAUGAUAAUACACGUCUUCUGGAGAAAAAGUGCUCCAUUUGUCAUCUUCUGUUGAUGAGUCAUCUACAAAAUCUUGUGUUUGUAUCAUUCCUUUUCCUUCAGUUGUCUGAGAUUUUGAACUGAAAUGAGAUCUUGAGUCCUCAUUGAAUAAAUCCUGGAAAUUUUUUAGUGGUUUGUCAACUGCCACUUCUGAUAUAAUCAUUCCAACUCCCCUGACAGUAACCAUUUUAUCUUUUUCACUGUGGAUGUUUGGCAUUCUAUAAUCAUGAAAACUAUGUAUUUUUUCAUCAAAAGCCACAUUGUCUUUGCUCUGCUCGUUAUGCUGAUGUUUCUUCUUGGAGUUAGGAAUAGCUAAAACCCGCUUAGUCCUAUGAGUAUAACCACUCAUAUUGGUUUCAUUCUUUUGUAGGUCAAGCCAAUUGUCAACCUUCGAAAAUUUGAUGUAAUUAUUAGUCAUGCUUUUCUGUCUAUCUGUAAUUUUCUGAAUGUGACCAAUGUCAUUCAUUUGACUAGCUGAACAAGGUGCUUUUUCUUGCCGUCGGAUGCCAGUCAUUUCAACAUCAGUUUCAAGAGUGUCUUGGCUGUAUUCUGUUGCAUUAUCAGCACUGUUUCUCGUGUCUAAUCCCACCAAACAGCUAGAUUUGGAAACACUGUGUUCUGAUUUGUAAUCUGAAUGAUCCUCCACAGGAAAAGUCACAGACUCAGCACGAUUAGAUGAUGGCCUUUUCCUUCUUCCAGGGACUGGGACUUUCCAUUCUGAAGUUUGAUAAUUUGUCCCAGAUUUUCUUUGGCUGCAAACGGUUGGCCUCAUAAAUCCCGGUAUCUUUGACAAGGGAUCAACUAUUUGGUCUCCAACAUUGUUCUUUGUAAGUGGUUCUUCAAUAAAAUUAUAUUCCUCAUGUUGCUCCUCAGAAUAUAAACUUUUUCCUCUGAAAUUUUCUAAUCUCUUUUUUAAUUUCUCAAUUUCUUGUCUAACGUUCAACCGCUCAUGUUCAGUCUCUAUCAUCUUUCUCUGCAGAUUUGCCAUUGCUACUUCCUUCUGCUCUCUUACUUCCUGAUUUCAAAAGUUCACCUUUUUGAUAAAGUGGUUACCAAUGAGAUCGGCUUGAAGAUAUGUUGGAGUUUGUUGAGGCAGUUGAUCUGAAACGGCAUCCUAAUCUGUACAGCCUCAAAGCUUGGUGGAAGUCAUUUACUUGAAUUGAUACAAGGUUGUCAAUUUCAAUUCCUCCCUCUGGGUCUGUUUGAAUUGAAAGGCUGUUCAUAGAGAUACUAGAUUAUCUUAUAGAGGAUUGUUGUAAUGCAUGUAUAUUAAAAAGCAAUGAAAUGGUUAUUGAUUGCCAAUCAA